UGCAGCACUGCACAAUGGCAAUGGUGGGCGAGCCUUCACAUGGUGCCGUGGAGGUUGUGCAACAUAUUUGGCUUUGGCUGAAGCUCCACAUAGGCCCAAUAAACAAGGCCCCAGUUCAGACAUAAUACGGAGCCAUGCUGGGUUCCGUCUUUCCUGAAGGACAACCUGCACAGCCAAUAGCAGCCGGAGUGUGGGAGGAACUUCCUCCAUCAACUCCGGCCUGGGAGAAGGCUAACAGCGUUUGACCGUACCGCUGCCGCAGGUAAAACGGAGGUUGGAACGGAGAUUGGAACCACGAAACCUAAAGAUAACCGAAGGGAGAAAUUCCUCUUGCAAAAAAUUGGGAAUAACCCCAGGGAAUGCUCUUGUUCAGCAUUGUCCCAUCAGGUCUCCAGGAGUUCCAGCUUGUUGGAAUGAUCUAACAUCAGCCCAAAAGGCAGUCUUCCCUUUUUGGACAGUUUUUGGACAGAAAGAUUUCCUUAAGUAUCAAGCACACAACAGGAACAUUGUUAAGGCCUUCACUCCUAGAGGAGAGAGUAUAAAUAAAGGAGGGGGGAAAUAUCGCAAGCCCCGAGUUAAAAGCAGACCCAAAAAGAGAAGAAAAGCCCUGUGUGGCUCAUCUUGAGCCUAUGAUGGCACAUCUGAAGCAGGGAAUGCCACAACUGGUGAAACAGGAACCGGGAAAUGACCCGCAGCAAUGCUGGGAAACUCAAUGGCAAGAAUUCCUGAAGGCGUUGAAUUCCUCUCAGUCUGGAUUUGGGAACCCACAGCAAACGGAGCCCAUGCCAUGGGAUGAUGCCAAGUCUUUCCUGGCCUCCUUUGAGAAAGUAGCUGAAGCCUGUAGAUGGCCAAGGGAACAGUGGGUGGCUAGGCUCCUCCCAGCUCUUAGUGGUGAGGCAGAAGAGGCCUUCCUAACCCUGGGAAACCAAGACAAGGAGGACUAUGGGAAAGUGAAGGCAGCCAUUUUGCAAGGGGAAGCCACCAACAUGGAAAGGCGGCGCCAGCGCUUCAGACAGUUCUGCUACCAAGAGGUUGAAGACCUGCAGGAGGUGCACAGUCAACUCCGAGAACUUUGUCAUCAGUGGCUGCAACCGGACAGGCACAGCAAGGAGCAGAUUCUGGAGCUGCUGAUCCUGGAGCAGUUCAUGACCAUCUUGCCACAUGAGCUGCAGAGCUCUUGGGUCAGAGAAGGCGGCCCCUGGAAUUGUACCCAGGCAGCAGCGCUCAUGGGAGAUUUCCUAAGGAGUCAGCAGAAGCCUGAGAUGUGGAAUGAGCAGGAGGUAAGCUCUCCAAAGGCAGAAGGGACUCUGUUGGACUCUGCUCAGAGCCAGGUCUACAUGGAAGCAAAGCAGAACUGUGACAUGGAAACUAGUUUGCUGGUCUAUCAGAUCCGAUGCCCAAGUCACUCCAGUUCAUCACUUCCUCCUGAAGGACAGGAAAUGGCUGAAACUGGACCAAGCAAGAUACCAUGGAGUUUCCAGGAGAUGAGUGUGUCUUUUGACAAAGAUGAGCAGGCUCUGACAGAGGCAGACCAAAGAACCACGUUCUGGCAAGUCAAAGAGCAGGACUGUGAGAAUGGCAAUUCUGUAGGAAUUUUAAUUCAAACGCCAGACCUUGACAUUUAUCCAGAGAAAGAGAAGCUAUUCUUCCAAAAUCAACAUUCAGAUGAUGUGAUUAAGAUGAAGAAUUCUGAGCAGGAAGAGAUUGUCAUAGGAGAAACUCAUGGGACUCUACCAGCAAUAUACCAAGGGAAUGUUUAUGUAAUAGCUGAGAUUCCUGAGGAAAGAUGGGAGUUCAUAGGACAGGAGGGAAAGGCUCCAGCAGAGGGAAGGAAUACAUUUGGUGAAGAAGGUCUUGCAGCUGCCAUUGCUGGAACUGCAGUGCAGACAAAGACAAGAAGGCCUUUGUUUUCCAGGUAUGGGAGAAAAUACCAAUAUAGAACAGAACCUACGGGACAUCAACAUUCCUGGAGUAGCAAAAAUGUCCAACACAAACAAAACUCAGGUAAACAUCAGAGUGCCCAUAAAGGAAAGGAAACCUUUGAAUGUCCUGAGUGCUGGAAAAGCUUCAUUGUGGAAACCAAUUUAAAGAGGCAUUUGAGAAUCCAUGAAGGAGAGAAGCCUUAUCAAUGUUCCGAGUGUGAGAAAUACUUCGUUAAAAAAGAAAAUUUGAUGCAACAUAAAAAAACUCAUAAAGGACCACACCAAUGUUCUCUGUGUGGCAAAGGUUUCUCUCGGAGCGAUUCAGUGAAGAGACAUCAGAAAAUUCAUUCUAUUACAUUAAUUAGACGUAAGAAACUGCAUUUAAUUUAAUGUCCUGUUAAUGUUAAUUUAAUGUCCUUGAGAGUGCCAAAUCUUAUAGGAAAAAAAGCUCUCCUAGCAAAUUUCAUUUUGCUUAUGAGUGCCAUGUGAGCACCUAGUUUUCACUGUAAGAAUAUUCCAUUUUGUAUUAGACAAAGUUAUCAAACAAUAAACAAUG